CCACGCGUUUUCGCAACAUUCACAUCGGGAAAAAUGCUCCCGGCGCAUUCAAACGUCAAACCGACGCGAAAUUUACUUUACGCCGAUGAACUGGAAUUCGCCCCGAACGAAUCAUUUUAUUACGAACAUUCCUGCGAGAACGGUUCCUACGUUUUCGCGACAUAUCUGAUUUUUCUGGAUAUCUAUUAUCUACCUGUUAUAAUAAUAUCGGGUUUUAUAGGUAAUUUUUUAUCUUGUUUGGUAUUACUUUGCACCCAAUUGAAAUUGAGGAGUUCGAGUUAUUAUUUAGCGGCUCUAUCUAUGGCGGAUUCGGGUUAUUUGUUCUGUUUGUUCUGUUAUUCGAAAAACGUUUUCAAUUUAUAUAACAAACGCGGUUUUUGUCAAAUAUUCAUAUAUUUAACGUACGUAUUUUCUUUUAUAAGCGUUUGGUUGAUAGUGGCGUUCACCGUGGAACGAUUUAUAGCCGUCAAAUACCCAUUGAAAAAACCGUACAUAUGCACGGCUAACAGGGCUAAAAAAAUCGUAAUCGGACUCAGCGUCGUGGCUUUCAUUUUGUAUUUAUUCGCUUUUUGGAUAACCGACGUUAUCGAUAACGAAUGUCGAUUGCAACCGAAAUAUUACGAUUUUAUGGAAAUUUUUAAUUAUCUAGAUACCGCGGGGACUCUCAUAAUACCUGUCAUUUUGAUAGUUGCCAUGAACGCUAUGAUCGCCAGGAGUUUAUUCAAAUUGAAAAAGUACAUGCAAAAACGAUUGGAUAACGACGAUGAUAAUAACACCAAAGAAUUCGAGACUUAUCGAGAUAGUUCUUCACAGGUAAAGUAGAUCUAUUCUUUUAUUUUUUACAUAAAAAGCAAGAUCAACAAGAUUAGUUCAAGUGGUGAAGACGCCUUGAACUUCUGAAGGAAAAAACGUGCCUUUAUAGCCGAUUCCACAGACCUGCACUUCUCCAAAGAGAGAAAUCCAAAUAAAUCAACAUUCUAGGUGCUUAUAGACGAACUCGGUGUUUAUGAACCAUGUCUGUCUGUCGAGGGAUAAUGUAAAAGCAAGCUCCACAAGAUUAGUUCAAUUGGUGAAGACGCCUUGAACUUCUGUAGGAAAAAACGUGCCUUGGUAGCCGAUUCCACACACCUGCACUUCUCCAAAGAGAGAAAUCCAAAUAAAUCAACAUUCUAGGUGUUUAUAGACGAACUCGGUGUUUAUGAACCAUGUCUGUCUGUCGAGGGAUAAUGUAAAAGCAAGCUCCACAAGAUUAGUUCAAUUGGUGAAGACGCCUUGAACUUCUGUAGGAAAAAACGUGCCUUGGUAGCCGAUUCCACAGACCUGCACUUCUCCAAAGAGAGAAAUCCAAAUCAAUUAACAAUCUGGGUGUUUAUAGACGAACUCAGUGUUCAUUAACCAUGUCUGUCCAUGACGU